AUGGAGAUGAUAGAGAACCAGGGGGAAGCUGAAGCUGAAUCCGUGUUUGUUAUGGUGGAGUUCGAUAAAGAUGAUUUCUACAGUGGUGGUAUAUACGAAAUGAAACUUGACCACCUUCAGCAACUUGAUCGAGCAUGGAAUAUGGAUGGUUCUUUAGCUGUUAAGUGCACUCAUAUUGGACAAAGUUUCAUGUUUUGUAUUAAUCAAUAUAUGAGCUAUGCUCAUUUGUUUGAAUACAUUUGUGAACGGUUCAGUUUUUCUGCAACUAAUGGUAUUGAGCUUCAUUAUUCUCUUCCUGGAUGUUCUAUUUUUUUUCUUCGCAAUGAUGACGAUUUCCAGAUGCUGUUUAGCGGUGCCAAGAUUUACAAGUUGGAUUGUGUUGAUAUUACGGUGUUGAAGAACAAUGGAAGUUGCAGCAAAAAUGCUUCUAUUUCAUUUGAAGAUAGCUGCUCCGGUAUUGUGGAUGAAGAUGAUUACCUCACUGAGGCAUUUAGAACUAAAGUUCAAAAGUCUUACUUGUCGAAUGAGUGGGCUAGUUACAUUCAAAGUGUAGGGCAGAAAUUUCGUGGCGGUUCCCCCAAGUUCCGAGAGAAGCUCAGAAAAUAUGCUGUUGAAGUUGGGUUCAGCUUUGUGUUUAUUAGAAAUGAUUGGGAUAGAAUUCAUGCGGUUUGUUCCAAUUGGGGAACCGAAGGAUGUGAUUGGAAUGUCCGUGGUUAUGUAUCCCCUGCAAAUGGAUGCUUUAUAAUUGGUGAUUUGAACAAUGUGCACCCUUGCAAAGGUGUUCUUCGGAAGCAAAAACAUGAGCUUUUGGGAUCGAAAAUUGUCAAGACAUGUAUUGAAGAGGACAUUAGCUAUAACUUAUCAUUGAAGCCAAGGGAAAUUAUCAUCAAGUUCAAGUCAGCUUAUGGGUUUGAUAUAUCGUACAAGGUUUCUUGGAAAGCAAAGCAGAAGGCUAGGGAAAUGAUUUAUGGUUCUGAGGCUGAUUCGUUUAACAAGUUAACAUGGUAUAGGGAUGCUGUAUUUGAGACUAACCUGGGAUCUUCGUUUGUUUUGGAAGUUGAUCCAUCGAGCAAUCGGUUUCAGAGGCUUUUCCUAGCUUAUGCAGGCUGUGUUAAAGGUUUUGAAUUCUGUCUUCCCGUCUUGUUUGUCGAUGGGACUUUUGGGAAGAGUGUCUACAAGGGGCAGAUACUUUGUGCAACUGGAAAGAAUGGAAAUCAUGGUUUCUUUCCUCUUGCAAUGUGUGUCUGUGAUUCUGAGACUGAUGCUAAUUGGUCUUUUUUCUUCCAACACUUGAAGAGCUUGCUGGAACCUCAAGGUAGAUUAAUUACGUUUAUUAGUGAUCGUGGUGUUGUACUGUUGAGUGCUUUCGACAAGAUAUUUCCUGGUAAUCCUCAUCUUUUCUGUUACAAGCACUUGGUGCAUAACCUUAUGACUAAAUACAACGGUAAAGGGUCUUCUGUUUUGAAAGAUGAUGUUAAAAAGAAGUUUUUUGAGUUGGCAUAUUCGUGCACUGAAAAGGAAUAUCAUUUUCAUUUAAGAGAGUUGAGAGAAGUUUGUGGUGUUGAUAUUAUAGAUUCAUUUCUUGCUGAUUUGCCUCUUCAAAAUUGGUGA